AGUCUGAGCCACUUGUUUCCCUUUAAAGUUGAGUGUAACCAAUACUUGCCCUUAAAAUUUUGAGCUAUGCUAUUUUUUAUCAACAAACUGGCCUCUUCAUCAGUCAGGGUCUUCUUCUUCAGCCUGCUUUUGGUUUCUUCUUUCCAUUACGUUGAUUCUGUUUCAGGAACUUUUAGAGAAGAAGCAUCAACAAGACUGAAGGAAUCGAAUGCUCUUCUAAAAUGGAAGGCUAGUCUUGAUAAUCAAAGUCAAUCCUCCCUCUCUUCUUGGGAUGGAAAUGGCCACUGUAACUGGACUGGGAUCAUUUGUGACAAGUCUAGAAGGGUCAACCAGUUAAACCUUUCAAAUUUCGGUUUAAAAGGUGAACUCUAUGGUUUUAGCUUCUCUUCUUUCCCCAAACUUAAUGUUAUUGAUCUCAGCUCCAAUUAUCUCAGGGGAACCAUCCCAUCAGGUGUUGGUAAUCUAUCUAGGUUAACAUACCUGGACUUGUCUUCCAAUAAUAUUUCUGGGUAUAUUCCCUUUGAAAUAGGAAAGCUAAGGUCUAUUUCAGAGCUUUAUCUGGAAAGAAACAUCCUAACAGGUUCGAUCCCUCCUUCCAUAGGAAACCUGACAGACCUGUCUUUUCUCUACUUACAAAAAAACAUGUUCAAUGGUUCUAUACCUCAACAAAUUGGAAUGAUGAAGUCCCUGUAUAAACUUGCACUCUCUGACAAUAAUCUGGUCGGUUCUCUCCCUCCCUCUAUUGGAAACUUAAGCAACUUAUCUGUUCUUCGCCUUCAUAACAAUAAAAUUUCGGGGUCCAUACCAAAAGAAAUUGGAAUGCUGGGUCCCCUUGAAGUGAUUAAUUUGUCCAAUAAUAGUCUUACUGGUGAAAUUCCUGCUUCUAUAGGAAACCUGACCAAAGUAUAUUGUCUUUACCUUUUUGCUAACAACUUUCAUGGUUCGAUUCCUCAACAGAUCGGAGAAAUGAGAUCUCUCAUUGACCUUGAAUUGUCACAGGCAAAUCUCUCGGGUUUAAUCCCUGCUUCUAUAGGAAACUUGAAAAAAUUGUCAUAUCUUUACCUUCAGCUUAAUACACUAUCAGGAUUUAUUCCUUCUAGUAUUGGAAACUUGACAAAUCUCAUUGAACUAUUCCUGCAUUGCAAUAAGUUACAGGGCUCGAUUCCUUGGGAAUUAGGUAAACUCCUAUCCCUUGAUGAGCUACUACUGUUCGGCAACAGUCUCAGUGGUUUCAUUCCAGCAGAGAUGAACAAUCUUACAAGUUUGAAAGCUUUUGAAGUCUCUGAAAACUUCUUGAUUGGCCAUUUACCACAACAGGUGUGCCUUGGCGGAGUACUGGAAAGUUUUACUGCCCAUGACAAUUAUUUCACGGGUCCAAUUCCCAAGAGUUUGAAGAACUGUACCAGCUUAUGCAGAGUUCGGCUUGAACACAAUCAACUUAUCGGGAAUGUAUCUGAAGAAUUCGGCAUAUACCCGAACUUGGACUAUCUUGAUCUGAGUGGAAAUAAAUUGAUUGGUGAGCUAUCAUCAAAAUGGGGUCAGUGCCACAAUCUAACAAGCCUAAGGAUCUCUAACAAUAAUCUCUCUGGUGAAAUACCCUCAGAACUUGGAAAGGCAACUCAGCUACGAGCAUGUGACCUUUCUUUAAAUCAUCUAACUGGAGGCAUUCCAAAGGAACUAGGAGAGCUAAAAUUGUUGUUCAGCCUAAUGCUGAAUGAUAAUCAUCUUUCAGGAAGUAUUCCUCCUGAAAUUGGAAUCCUAUCUAGUCUUGUUCAUCUUAACUUGGCGGCAAACAAGUUAAAUGGCUUCAUUCCAAUAUGGUUGAGGCAGUGUGAAAAUCUCUUGGAACUGAAUUUGAGUGUCAAUAGAUUGAGUGGAGGAAUUCCUUCUGAGGUUGGCAGCUUGUCUUUUCUUCAAAUUCUUGAUCUCAGUCAGAAUUUUCUGAUAGGUAAAAUACCGAAGGUAGUUGGGAACUUGAAAUCUUUAGAAAAGCUGAACCUCUCUCACAAUAAACUCUUCGGUUUUAUUCCCUCAACUUUUGAUGAUAUGUUAAGCUUAACAUCUGUUGAUGUAUCCGACAAUCAGUUGGAGGGUCCUCUUCCAGACAACAAGGCCUUUCGAGAGGCUUCAUUUGAGGCUUUCAGAAACAACAAAGGCUUGUGCGGCAAUAUCACAGGUUUGGAAGUAUGUUCUUCAAAAUUAAGCAGUAAUGUUGAUCGGAAAAAGAAUAGAAAAAUUGUGAUUGCAACUGUAGUCCCUAUCUUAUUCACAGUGCUUAUUGUAUUUGUUGUCUUUGGGAUUCUUUCUUCUUCAAAACGAAGAGAAAGGAAUACGGAGAACACACCAAGGGUAGUAGCAAGUGAUUCUCUGUUUGAAAUUUGCAACUAUGAUGAGAAAAUGUAUGAAAACAUAGUUGAAGCAACUGAAGAAUUUGACUCCAAAUACUGCAUUGGAGUUGGGGGAUAUGGAACUGUUUACAAGGCAGAAUUGUCUGAUGGUCAAAUUGUUGCUGUGAAAAAACUUCACCCACUUCCAGAAGGUGGGGUGGGAGAUCAGAAAGCUUUCAACAAUGAGAUUCGGGCCUUGACUGAACUAAGCCAUCGCAAUAUUCUGAAACUUUAUGGCUUCUGUUCCCAUCCCCAACACUUGAUUUUUGUAUACGAGUUCUUGGAAGGGGGAAGCCUGGAGAAGAUACUGAGGAUUGAUGAACAAACAAUGGAGUUUGAUUGGAUUAAGAGGGUAAAUGUUGUUAAAGGCAUGGCUAAUGCUGUGGCCUAUAUGCACCAUGACUGCUUCCCUCCUAUGGUCCAUCGUGACAUUUCAAGCAAGAACAUUCUGCUAGAUUCAGACUAUGAGGCUCAUGUUGCAGACUUUGGCGCUGCCCGGCUUCUUAGGCCUGAUUCAUCCAAUUGGACCUCAUUUAAAGGCACUUUUGGUUACACGGCUCCAGAGCUUGCUUACACCAUGCAAGUGAAUGAAAAAUGCGAUGUCUUUAGUUUUGGAGUGGUGACACUGGAAACGCUUAUGGGAAGGCAUCCUGGGGAUAUGGUAUCUUUCCUGUCAUCAGCAGUUUCUUCACUCAUACCAUCAUGUUCAUCAUCAGCAACCUUCAAUCAUUUACUACUGAAGGAUAUGUUAGACCAGCGUCUUCCAUCUCCUAGGGAACAAAUAGCAGCGGAAGUGGUCUCCGUUGUAAAACUUGCAUCUCUAUGCCUACAUGCCACCCCACAAUCUCGACCAAGUAUGCAACAAGUUUCUCAGGAGCUGUCAACUCAGAAUCCACCCUUGGUGAAGCAGUUUCACACAAUAACAAUAAGCCAACUGUUUGAUUCCAGCUGUUAUACAUCCUGAAGCCUGGCAUGAAAUACUCCUUUUUUUUUUUUUUUGUUCUGUUCUGAUUCUGCAUUUUCUUGCUUUCCCAUGUUUUUAUCACUUAAUGUUCCAAUUAGUUUGUAUUAUCCAAGUCUCAAUUGGAUUUGUCUGAAUCCUACAAGACAUCGACCAAAAAAUAAAUGGUUAGCAUACUGACAGUUUUCUGC